GACAGGCAUGACCAUUCGGUAAAGCAAGCAGAGCGUAACAAACGUAGAGGCGCCGGCGAGCGAGGCGGCGCAGGCGUGACUUGGCCGCCUAAAGCCGACCGACGAGCAAGGACUGGCUGCGACACGAGGAAGAAGGCCCCUUGUCCCCCGGCGGGGAGCUGUCCACCGUCGGUCCCCGGGUUCGUGGGCGUUUUCUUCGGCGACUCAGUGCUCGUCUUCCCCGCACGGGCCCGGAUCUGCUCCCUCAUGGCUGAGGUGAAGGUGAAGGUGCAGCCGCCCGACGCGGAUCCGGUCGAAAUAGAAAACAGGAUUAUAGAGUUAUGUCACCAGUUCCCUCAUGGAAUCACAGACCAAGUAAUUCAGAAUGAAAUGCCUCAUAUAGAAGCCCAGCAGCGGGCAGUGGCCAUCAAUAGACUGUUGUCCAUGGGCCAGUUGGAUCUCUUACGGAGCAAUACGGGCCUUCUGUAUAGAAUAAAAGACUCUCAGAAUGCUGGUAAAAUGAAGGGAUCAGAUAACCAAGAAAAACUAGUAUAUCAAAUCAUAGAGGAUGCAGGAAAUAAAGGAAUAUGGAGCAGAGAUAUCCGGUACAAAAGUAACUUGCCACUAACAGAAAUCAACAAAAUUCUAAAGAAUUUGGAAAGCAAAAAGCUUAUCAAAGCUGUUAAGUCUGUGGCAGCCUCUAAAAAGAAGGUGUAUAUGCUGUAUAACCUACAGCCAGACCGGUCUGUGACAGGUGGAGCCUGGUACAGUGACCAGGAUUUUGAAUCUGAAUUUGUAGAAGUGCUUAACCAACAGUGUUUUAAAUUCCUACAAACCAAGGCAGAAACAGCACGAGAAAGCAAACAGAAUCCGAUGAUACAAAGAAAUAGUUCAUUUGCUUCAUCACAUGAAGUGUGGAAAUAUAUCUGUGAAUUGGGGAUCAGUAAGGUAGAGUUGUCCAUGGAGGACAUUGAAACCAUCCUGAACACACUCAUUUAUGAUGGGAAAGUGGAGAUGACCAUCAUCGCUGCAAAAGAAGGCACAGUUGGCAGUGUAGAUGGACACAUGAAACUGUAUAGGGCAGUCAGUCCAAUCAUACCACCCACAGGCUUGGUCCGGGCCCCCUGUGGACUCUGCCCGGUUUUUGACGACUGCCAUGAAGGUGGUGAGAUUUCACCAUCUAACUGUAUUUACAUGACAGAGUGGCUCCAAUUUUAAUAGAGAGCUAUAAACUUUACUGACAUUUUGCAAAUAAAGUUACUUUGGGAGUAAAGGAUUUCAUUCGUGAUGGGGCAUCCAAGUCCCUUGAAAGCAGACUUCACAAUGAUGGAUACAGACUUGCUGCCACAAAAACGUAUCUUGUUAUUUAUGAAGACUGAAUUCAUGUUGGUAGAGCAGCCAAUAGAAUAUGAAGCAGAUAAGGUCAGUAGUGAAAACCAUUCUUUUUUCAAUCAAUAAAAUACUCUGAAGCUCUGGAGAACCACAUCUUAAAGCUUUCAAGAAAUUUGGUAAUGGCUAGAGCUUAAAAUGCCGAUUUCAAAGUUAUUUAUAAGGACUUCAUUGUUUGUUUUUCUAUUUGUUUUCUAUUUUACUCAGUGAUUACACUGAGAAGAAAUUAAGAGUAGUGGCGGCGGGAAUGGCAAGGGCCGUCCGUGCCAACUGGGGACGUGGCUGUGGGGAGAGUAGAAGGAACAUCCCUUUUCCGUACGGUAUUAAUUCCUUUUUAUGUCAGAAGUGUUCCUUCAGAGGAUUAUGCCACCGUACUUACCUCAAACUGUGAUGACGACGUUGCCAAGGAUGUGUUUUCAGUAUGUAAAUAUUAAUUAUCAUUCUCACACUAAAAGGAGUGUUUUUAUUGCUCUUUGUUUCAUAAAGUCUCAUAAGUUUUACUCUGUGGCUCAGUUGCAUUAUUUCCUGGAAUUUCUUCCUACAUUCUUACUUAAUGUCUAAUCAUUUAACUAACACUUAAAAUAAUCCACUGCUUGACCUUAGAUUCCUUUUUCCUUCCCUAUUCUUUUCUAAACAUCAUGCCGUAAUACAUCCAGACUGCAUGCAAACUGGUUAGAAAGCCAUUAUAAUUUUCCUCAGUUUUCAUUGCACUCUCAGUUCCAAUCUUUAGCCAUGUAGCAAACACUAUGUUUAUCUGACGUAUUGUUGCACAGAAGUUGGCUUUAGGAGUUUUUAUGAUCUUGGCUGUUGUAUUUUCACUUUGUAGUUCCUCUUAAAGGUUUCUGUAUCCAGGUCAAAAGCAUGGGACCAGUAGGAAGGGAUUCAUGCUCGGGUGCCACUGAGGCCUGUGUUUCAAAGCUAGUUUGGAGAUACCCUAAGGGGACAACAUCAGAAGUUCUAUUUUGAAAUAAGUAGGAUCAGUAAAAUAAAAUUCAGCUCAGUAACCGGUAUUUAAGAAUCAUAAAUUCUGUGGCCAGCUCUUUAAAAUGAUCAUUUGAUGGUACUAGCUCUUUGAAAUGAAGAUCAUAUUGCAUUAGGUGUGUAUAAGAUACAGAAGAAUCUGGGAGCUUGAAACCACAGAGGGAUUUCCUUCUACUCCCAGUGGGAGGUGGAAUGGCGAAGAACAAUGUCUCUCCUUCCUGUGACCUUCCCAUCACAGAGAUGGGCUACUUAACAGAGUCUUCAUAAGGAAGGUGAAUCUGGAGGAGCCUUAGAAGUAGGGAGAAGGAGUGAGUUUAUGUUUUAAAUAAAGACUUGGCAUUAUGUCUUCAUAACCAGAAAUUAGUUUUAAAGCUUACAACCAGUGGCUAAAACAUCAAAGUUCUACUUGCCUCAUCUGAAUAAAGAGAACUUUCAAACUUUUUUCCCAUAGCAUGUUUUUCAUUCUGAAUAUUAACCGAUGGAGAAAAGAAACAAUAAUUUUGAAAUACAGCACCUCUGAUGUAGAGUUAAAUGGAUUGUUUAUCUUAGAGGAGUAAAUCGUGACCAAAAAAAAAAAUUAUGGGGACUCUAGACUUAUCAACACCAAAAAAUCAUUUUAAGUCCCACGCCUUAGAGUUUGAUUUCCAUUCAGCAGUAGGUAUUUUGGUCACCUGAGAAUGGAUAUUCCCUAAAGUAUGAUGAGGCCCAUCUAUGCUUAAUAAUGAUCCGUAGAGAAUAAAACAUAGAAUCAAGGAGCCCAUGGUUCAAUGGUUUUAAAUGAAAUGUUUAUGUGGGAUUCUUCCAUGUAACUGCUCUGAUCUUAGUUUGGAGAGAAAUGAAUUCUGUAGACCCCUAAUUCUGAUGGUCAGCUAAGCAAACUAAUCAAACAAGUAAUUUCAGACCACCUUUACUUUGAACUGUUAUCAUUACUAGACACUGGGUGAAGGAAGAAUAUAAAAUACGUGUCCUAGGCCAGUAUUACCCAUUAGAACUUUUUACAGUGAUGGGGAUAUUCUGUACCUGCCGUCUAACACCGUGGCCACGAGUCACAUGUGGCCGCUGAGCAUUCAAAAUGUGGUGUGGCUAGUGCGAAGGAAAAACUGAAUUUUUAAUUUUAUAGUGACCUGUGUCUGGUGGCUACCACACUGGGUAAAAAAAAUAAAAAUUUUUUAGCAUGGGCUAAAUCUUAAUUACUACUAUAGGAAAGAUGAUUAUCAGAAUUAUUUCUCAAUUGUAUAUAUUUAUUUUUGUCUGGAAAGGAGACUAACAAAGUAUUGUAAGCUUAGAAGUUUGAGGUUUUUUUUAAAAGGACUCAAGAAAACAGGGCAGAGAGUAAGUAAAGCAAUUACCAAUUCCAAAUAAUUCAAAAAGAAUCAAAUGUUGAUUAUAGGCUUGGCUAGAGCAAUGUUAAACAGCCUCUUUAUGAAAAUUAUUACUCAACUGAUUUAUCUAAUUUGUUUUUCACUAACUUGUCAAAUAAAGGUCACUUUAAAUCUUUUUUUUUUUUUAAUAAUAUUUUAUUGUGUUAUCGGUGAAGGUUUACAUAGCAGUUUAGGUUCCCAUUGAACAGGUUCUGCACAAGUUGUUUAGUGACACUGGUUACAUUCUUCACAAUGCACUAACAUCCUCGUUUUCGUUUUGGUGGCUCUGUUUCCAUUAAUCUCAUUUCCCUGCCCCCUUACAUUCUCAUCUUUGUUUUAAAGUAAUUGAUUUUUUUUUUUAAUUGUACUUUAGAUGAAAGCUUACAGAACAAACUAGUUUCUCGUUAAACAGUACACAUAUUGUUUUAUGACAUUGGUAACAACCCCACAACAUGUCAUCACUCUCCCUUCUCAACCUUGGGUUCCCUAUUACCAACUUUCCUGUCCCCUCCUGCCUUCUAGUCCUUGCCCCUGGGCUGGUGUACCCCUUUAGUCUCAUUUUGUUUUAUAGGCCUGUCCAAUCUUUGGCUGAAGGGUGAACCUCAGGAGUGACUUCAUUACUGAGCUGAAAGCGUGUCCGGGGGCCAUACUCUCAGGGUUUCUCUAGUCUCUGGUCAGGCCAGCAACUCUGGUCUUUCUGAGUUAGAAUUUUGUUCUGCACUUUUCUGCAGCUCUAUCUGGGACCCUCUGUUGUGACCCGUUAGAGCACUCAGUAGUGGUAGCAAGGCAAGAUCUAGUUGUAUAAUUGGUGAUUUUUUUAAAGGAGCACAGUACUUACAGGUGAUAUUUUUUAUUUUGUGAGCCAGUCUGUUCUUGAGGUACGACCUGACCUUGGGUUAGUUUCAGUUCAAGGUUUAAAGAGUAUCUCAGGGCAAUAGUCUUGGGAGUCCUCUAGUUUCAACCAGUCCAGUAAGUCUAUUUUGUUUGGUUGGAUUUUUUAGGCAUUUGAGGUUCUGUUCCACAUUUUUCUUCCAUUCUAUCAGCGUCCAUCUAUUGUGGCUUUGAUUAGAAUAGUCAGUAGAUAAGGCCAUGGUUUGUAUAGACCAUUUGUUCGGUAGACUAGUUUCUCCCUUAAAUCUUUGGUUUUCUUUCUCUUUCGCUCUAAACAAGUAGAGAUCAGUAGUAUUUUUUUUUUUUUUUUGUGUGUGUGAUAGACUUAAUUUGCUCAACCUAAUGUUCUUCAGGUUCAUCCAUGUUCCAAGAUGUUUUGUGAACUUGUUUUUAUCACUGAGUAUAUUUCAUUGUAUGUAUGUACCACAUUUUACUUACCCAUUCAUCUAUUGACGGGCAAGUAGGUUGUUUCCAUCUUUUUGCUGUUAUGAAUAGUGCUUUGGUAAACAUAGGUGUGCGUGUCCAUUCAUGUCACUUCUAUUGAAUCCCUAGAAUGUAUACCUAAUAGUGGAAUUGCUGGGUCAUAUGACAGCUCAACCAGUUUUUUGAGGAACCACCAGACUGUUUUCCACAACAGCUGUACCAUUUUGCAAUCCCAGUAGCAGUUGAUAAGGGUUCCAAUUUCUCCACAUCCCCUUCAAUACUUGUUAUUUUCUUUUUUUUAAUUUUAGCCAUCCUAGUUUUUUUUUUUUUUUUAGUGGGAGUGAAAUGGUAUUUCAUUGAGGUUCUGAUUUGCAUUUCUCUGAUGGCUAAUGAUGUUGAGCAUCUUUUCAUGUGUCUGUUGGCCAUUUGAAUAUCCUCUUUGGUGAAGUGUCUGUUUAUGUCUUUUGCCCAGUUUUUGAUUGGGUUGUUUGUGUUUUUGUUGUUACGUUGUAGAAGCUUCCUAUAUAUUUUAGGUAUUUGACGCUUAUCAGUAAUAUCGUGCCCAAAGAUUUUUUUGCCAGUUUGUAGGUUGUCUCUACUCUUUUGAUAAAGUCUUUGGAUGAACAUAAGUAUUUAACUUUUAUGAGGUCCCAGUUAUCUGUUUUGUUUUCUGUUGUUCGUGCAUUCAUUGUAGUGUUUGAUAAUCUAUUAUUGAAAAAAAUUAGGCCCCAAAGCUUUGCUCCUAUGUUUUCUACCAAGAAUUUUAUGCUUUUAGAUUUAACAUUUGGGUCUUUGAUCCAUUUUGAAUUGGUUUCUGUGUAUGGUGUGAGGUAUGGAUCUUGUUUCAUUUUUCUGCAUGUGGAAAUCCAGUUUUGCCAGCACCAUUUAUUGAAGAGACUGUUGCUUCCCCAUUGAAUGGAUUUGGCUCCCUUGUCAAAAUCAGUUGACCAUAGAUUUUUGGAUUUAUUUCUAGAUUGUCAGUUCUUUUCCAUUUGUCUAUGUGUUUAUCAUUAAACCGGUACCAUGCUGUUUUGCUUACUGUAGUUGUGUAAUAUGUUUUGAAGUCAGAAAGUGUGAGGCCUCCUACUUUGUUCUUCAAAAUUGCUUUGGCUAUUUGUGGUCUCUUGUCUUUCCAUAUAAAACUGAGGCCUGCGUUGUAUCUAUAUAUAGAUCACUAGGAUAAUACUGACAUCUUGACUAUGUUGUCUUCUAAUCCAUGAGCACAGAAUGUAUUUCCACCUAUUUAGGUCUUCUUUAGUCUUUUACGGAAACCCUGGUGGUGUAGUGGUUAAGUGCUACAGCUGCUAACCAAAGGGUUGGCAGUUCGAAUCCACCAGGUGCUCCUUGGAAACUCCAUGGGGCAGUUCUACUCUGUCCUAUAGGGUCGCUAUGAGUUGGACUUGACAGCACUGGGUUUGUUUUUUUUUUUUUUUUUUUUGGUUUUAGUCUUUUACAGCAUGUUUUAUACUUUCCAUUGUAUUAGUCUUUCACAUCCCUGGGUAAGUUUAUUCUUAGAUAUUUUAUUCUCUUAGAUGUUAUUGUAGAUGGAGUUGUUCUCAGUCUCCUUUUCAGAUUUCUCAGUGCUGGAUUGCUGGUGUAUAGAAACCCACCUGAUUUUUUUAUGUUGACCUUGUGUCCAGCAACGUUGUUAAAUUCCACUAUUAGUUCUCGAAACUUUGUAGUACAUUCUUUGGGAUUUCUUAUAUGUAGGAUCAUGUCCUCUGUGAAUAGAGAUAGUUUUACUUCUUCUUUUCCCUUUUAUUUUUCUUGCCUUUUUGCCCUGGCUAGGACUUCCAGUACAGUAUUGAAGAGGAGAAGCGAGAAUGGGCAUCCUUGUCUUGUUCCUAUUUUUAAGGGGAGAGUUCUCCAUCGAAUAUGACGUUGGCUGUUGGUUUUUCAUAAAUGCCCUUAAUCACGUUGAGGAGCUUCCCUUUUAUUCCUAUCUUUUUAAGAGUUUUAUAAUCAAGAAAGUGUGCUGGAUUUUAUCAGAUGCCUUUGCUGCAUUGACUGAGAUGAUCGUGUGGGUCUUUUCCUUUGUUCUGUUAAUAUGGUAUAUUACACCGAAUGAUUUUCUAAUGUUGAACCUGCCUUGCUUUUCUGGAAUAAAUCCCACUUUAUCAUGGUGUAUAAUUCUUUUAAUAUGCUAUAGGAUUCUGUUUACUAAUAUUUUGUUGAAAAUGUUGGCAUCUAUAGGAUGUUGGUCUGUAGUUUUCUUAUGGUAUCUUUGUCUGGUUUUGGUACUAGGGUGAUAACUGGCUUCAUAAGAAGUUAGGGUGUAUUCCUUCUCCCUCUAUUUUUGGAAGAGUUUGGACAGGAUUGGUAUCAGUUCUCUAAAUAGUGGAUACAAUUCCCCAGGGAAGCCAUCUCGCCCUGAACUUUUCUUUUUUGGGAGUCUUUUUAUUACUGAUUCAAUCUCUGAGUUUGUUAUAGGUCUGUUGAGGUCUUCUACUUCCUUUUGAGUCAAUUUAUGUAGGUUAUGUGUCUCAAGGAAUUUGUCCGUUUCAUCAGAGUUACUGAUUUUGUUGGAGUACAGUUGUUCAUAGUAUUCUGUUAUCCCUUUUGCUUCAAUUGGGUCAGUUGUAAUAUCUCCACUGUCAUUUCUUACUUUGGUUAUUUGUGUCUUCUGUUUCUUUGUAACCCUAGCAAAUGGUUUGUCAAUUUUAUUUAUCUUUUCAAAAAAACAGUUUCUAGAUUUGAUUCUCCCUACUGUUUUCCUGUUUUCUCUUUCACUUAUUUCUGCUCUGAUCUUUAUUAUUUAUUUUCUUCUAGUAGAUUUGGGUUUAGUUUGCUCUUCUUCUUCUAGUUCCUCAAGCUACAGGAUCAAACUAUUUGAGUUCUUUUUUUUUUUUUGCAUGGCAAUCCAAAUAAUUGAACUACUAAUGCUAAGUUAAGUUAUACAAAAUUGCACGACUUUAAUUAAGGCUUUUAGUUUACAUUUGACCCCCUCAAAGUAGUUGUAACAUUGGGUUGGUCAGUUUAAAUACUGUGGCUCCCUGUUGGGUAGACAAACAAUCUUUACACCCAAACAUUAAUGCACAGAAGGAACAACGCAUUGUUAAAUAAAACAGCAGUAGUUACUGCAGCAAAGUCCCUUUAAGAUGUUGUAGGUUUAACAAAGUUGGAAUGCUGGCACCGUUGAAUUGGCAACAGUUUUUCAGACCUGGCUCAGAGCUACAAUGCAUUUAGUGUAUUAAAGCAGCUGAUGUGACGACUUUUUGCGGGCCUUCCCAGGCGCAGGAGUUUUUCUGUUAAUUUGCCGCAGCAGGUCAUAAAAGAUCUCAUUAACAUUUGUUUUUGACUUUGCAGAAGAUUCUAAGAAUGCACAGUAGUUCCACUAUCAUGCUAGAUUUUGACCUUGUUCCUUUCCUACAGCUCUUUCAUCUUCUAAGUCCCACUUAUUUCCAACCAGAAUCAUUGGAACACCAUCAGUGUCUUCAACUCAAAGAAUUUGUUCUCUCAGAUCUUGCAGAUCAUUAAAAGUGGACCAUGUUAGGGAGCAGGAGAGCAGUGAGAUGCAGACCCCAAAUUCUCACAAGACCAGACUUAAUGGUCUGACUGAGACUGGAAGGACCCCAGUGGUCAUGGCCCCCAGACCUUCUGUUGGCCCAGGACAAGAACCAUUCCAGAAGCCAACUCUUCAGACAUGGAUUGGACUGGACAAUGGGUUGGAGAGGGAUGCUGGUGAGGCAUGAGCUUCUUGGAUCAGGUGGACACUUGAGACCCAUCUCCUGCCUGGAGGGGAGAUGAGAGGGUGGAGGGGAUUAGAAGCUGGUGAAAAUGGACACGAAAAGAGAGUGGAGGGAGAGAGCAGCCUGUCUCAUUAGGGGGAGAGUAAAUGGGAGUGUAUAGCAAGGUGUAUAUGGGUUUUUGUGUGAGAGACUGACUUGAUUUGUAAAUUUUCACUUAAAGCACAAUAAAAAUUAUUAAAAAAAGAAAAAAAAAAGUGGACCAUGCUGUGAUGGAAUAAACUAAUGCAAAGCCUUGUCCAUUUAUCAUGUAUGAAUCCCUCAUUGCUGUAAAUUGUUCCAUUCCUGCAGUCUCCAAGGUUUCAGGCACACACUGUUGUGCAUCUACUUCAACUUGCAUUUUUUAAUUUCCAUGAAUUCGCAUGUUUUCUAGUUUUACUUCUGCUGUUAAUUUCUGUCGCUUUGAGUCGGAAUCGACUUGACGGCACUGGGUUUGGUUUUUUUUGUUAAUUUCUAAUAUUUUGUGGUCAGAGACAAUAUAUAAUUUGUCUUUUAAAAUUUGUUGAGACUUGUUUUAUGGCCUACUACAUUGUCUAUUCUGGAAAAUGAUCCAUGUACACAGGAGAAAAAUGUGUAUUGUUCUGAUGAAGGGGUGUUCUAUAUAUGUCCAUUAGGUCUGAUUGGCUUAUGGUAUCAAGUCCUUUAUGUCCUUACUUAUAAUCUUUUAAGAUGUUCUGUCCAGAACUGAAAGUGGUGUAUUGACAUCCCCAGCUACGACUAUGGAGUCGUCUUUUACUCCUUUGAUAUCAGUCAAUAUUCGUUUCAUAUUGCGCAGUGGUUAAAGUGCUCAGCUGCCAACCAAAAGGCCAGUGGUUCAAACCCACCAGUCGCUCUGUGAAGAAGAUGUGGUGGUUUACUUCUGUAUAGAUUUCAGCCUUUGAAACCUAUGGGGAGUUCUCCUCUUUGCUGUCGGGUCACUAUGAGUCAGAAUCAACUUGACUGCAAUGGAUUUUGGGGGGUUUUGAUGUUAGGUGCAUAUAUACUUAAAAUUGUUAUGUCUUCUUACGAAUUGACCCUUUUGUUGUUAUGUAAUGUCCUUUACUUCUUACAAUAGAUUCUAAUUUAAAGACUAUUUUCUCUGGUAUCAGUAUGGCCACCCCUGCUCUCUUGUGGUUACUAGUAGCAUGGAAUAUUCUUUUCCAUCCUUUUAUUUUCAGUCUAUUUGUAUCUUUGUUUCCAAGGUGUAUCUCUUGUAGGCACACCCUAGAUCAUGGUUUUUUAAUCCAGUCUGUCACUAUGUCUUUUGAAUGGGGAGUUUAGACCAUUUACAUUUAAUUACUAAAAAUGAAAUACCUCCUUCAUUCUGUGAUUGUUUUUUCUGUGUCUUACAUCUUUAUCCCAUUAUUUCCAUAUUUGUUAUUUUUUGUGUUUUGCUGCUUUUUUGGUGUUGAGUCUUUUUGAUUUCUUCUUCCUGUGUAUCUUCUCUAUGUUAUUUACCUAGUGGUUAGCACACAUAUUACAUUGAACAACUUACAAUUCUAACAACUUAUUUCAACAUUUAACAUACAAAUAAGUGUCAUGGAUUGAACUAUGUCCCCCCAAAAUAUCUGUCAACUUGGCUAGGUCAUGAUUCCCAGUCUUGUGUGAUUGUCUUACCAUUUUGUCAUCUGAUUUUCCUGUGUGUUGUAAAUUCUGUCACUAUGAUGUAAUAAGAUGGAUUAGUGACAGUUAUAUUGAUGAGACCUACAAGAUUAGACGGUAUCUUAAGCCAGCCUCUUUUGAGAUAUAAAAGUGAGAAGCGAGCAGAGAGACAUAGGGAUCUCAGACCACCAAGAAGGCAGUGUUGGGAGCAAAGCGUGUCAUUGGGAGCUGAGGUUCUUGUGCUGAGAUGCUUUCAGACCAAGGGAAGACUGAUGACAAGUACCUUCCUCCAGGGCCAACAGAGAGAAAGCCUUCUCCUGGAGCAGGCGCCCUGAAUUCAGACUUCUAGCCUACUGGACUGUGAGAAUAAACUUCCCUUUGUUAAAGCCAUCCACUUGUGGUAUUUCUGUUACAGCAGCUAUAGAUGACUAACAUAAGUAACAUACAUUAACAUUCUAAAUUCUACUCGUGAUUUGCUCUUCCUUCCCCCCUUUCUGCUGUUGUCUCCAGUUACAUCCCUGUAGAUCCUAUAUCUGAUAGGUUUAGUUUGUAUUUAUUAUGCACUUGAUGUUAUAUUGCUUGUGGAACUUUACUGAAUUUACUUACUGAAAACAUGGUAUACUCGGUCCUUGUAUUUGUCCAUGUUGUUACCUUUUUUGUAGAUUUCUCCCUCCCUUCCCCUUUCCCAUGUGCAGGUUCAAGUAUUUAUUGUUCUUUCCUUUCCAUAUGAAGGACUUCCUUAAGCAAUACUUGCGGAGCAGGUCUGGUAGUAACAACUCCCCAGAGCUUCUGUUUAUUUGGCAAUGUCUUGAUUUCCCCCUCAUUUUUGAAUGACAAGUUUACUGGGUAAAGAAUUCUUGGCUGACAGUUGUUUUCCUUCAGUACUUGGUAUAUGUCACUCCAUUGUCUUCUGCCUUCCAGGGUUUCUGAGGAGAAAGGCCACACGAAUUCUCAUGAAUCACCCUUGAUAUAUGGUGCCUUUCUCUUGCAUGCAGAAUUCUCUCCUUUUCUUUGGUUUUUAAGAAUUCUGUUACAACGUGUCUUGUUGUAGACCUCUUUGCAGUCCUUCUCCUUGGAGUUCACCUAGCUUCCUGGAUUUGCAGGCUCAAUGACUUAUUCAGGUGUGGGAAAUUCUCUGUGAUUAUCUCAUAUAAAAUUCUUUGUGUCUAUUUUACUACCUUGUUAUUCUGAAAUUCCAAAAAUCCUAAUAUUGGAUUCCUUAAUUGAAUCCCACAAUUCCAUUUGGUUUUGUUCACUUUUAUCUGUUCUUGUUUCUCUUGAAACUUGAUAAUUUCGGUUAUCCUGUCUUCUAGUUUACUUAUUCGGUCUUCUGUCUGAAUUUGUUGUUGAAUGUUUCUCUUGUAUUUUCUAGUUCAUUUUAUUCUUCAAUUCCAAGAUUUUUUUUCCCCAAACUCCUUAAUGAGUUUCUCAUUUUGUUUUAUGAUUUCCAUUAGUUUUCUGUGUUCACUGCUUUCUUUUAACAUAUUUAACAUUGUUGUCUCAAGGUCUUCUAUUUUUCCCAUUACCUGGUCUCCACAGAAAUUUCUGCUUCUUCAUGGUUUUCUUUUGAUUGGGCCAUCUUCUCCUGUGAUCUUGUAUGUUUUAUAAUUUUUUGUUGAACAUGGGGCAUUUUAAAAUCUUCAUAUGAUAAUCUGGGACUCAAAUUUUUUUUUUUUCCCUGCAUUUUUUUUAAUACUUAUUCCACCUUCUUCCCCUAAAUUCCACUAGAGUACACUCUGGCCCUUUGGUUCUUCUAGCACUAACUGAGUCUAAAGUAUUUUAUGUAUUUAUUUUGUUAAUAUAGGGUUCUCUGGAAUCACAGGUUUUAGGCAUUUUGUAAAAUUUUGAGUUUCUGGGUCCUGACUCUAGGUGGUUUUCCCUGAGAUGGCUGACAUUACUGGGGUGUGAAGUUUUCUUUGAGAUCUGUAAGGUAGAUAUGUCUUUUCCUACAGGACUGCAACACUGUGGUGGGCUUCCCUCUAGUAUAUCUGUGUAGGUGGGGCAUGUCUUUUCCUCUGUGGCUAAUUGCACUAGCAGGGAGGGGGCUUUUCCACUGGCCAUGAGCAGAUGAGUAGAAGGGGUGGAGUGUGGCUUUCCUGAGGCAGGAUGGAGGUAAUGCUUUAUGUCGUUACUGCACAAGCAGUCCCGAGCAGCCUCUCCAAUGUGCGUGGUUGUUAGGUAGGUGGCCAGUUGUUUCUCACUGGGUUGCCUGUUUGAUGUACUUUUCUCAUCCUGGCCUGCAAGUGGGUCACCUGUAUGUUCUGUGGCACUGGGUCCUAAUGCCCACAUGUC